GAGCAUCAGUGUUCGGUUCGGACUAUCUUCAACGCAAAAGCUUCGCAGUUAAGCCCCAGUAUAACUUCAAGUAAAUCAAUAUGAAACUUACAGUUGCAUUCGUACUGUUCGCGCUGGUGUGUGCCGUGUACGCCCAAACCGACGCUGCCAAGGAUGCGGCAAAGGAUGCAACGGAUAAGGUGAAGGAUAAGGCCGCUCUGCCGGAUGCACCCAAGCUGGACAAGGAUGCCGUUACCACGCCCGACCCGAAGGAUGCCACCAAGAAGGUGGAGGAUGCGGCUGGCAAGGCGAAAGACGCUGCCCAAAAACUUGGCUCGCAGAUCGCCGGCGGAUUCAAACUGUGA